GAUACAAAUGGAAGAUCCCAUUGACACCGCCAUGGCCAUGUUCUCUGAUCAGUACCUGUCGUCCAAUGACAGUUUACUAUUCAACAUCACUCCAGCUCAUUUCCCCCGCCUGCCACCCAUAAUAGACCAGGCCAUCAGCAUCACCACCAUAGUGAUCCUCUUCAUCACCAUGGUUUCACUGGGCUGUACCAUGGAGGUGCACAAGAUCAAGGCCCACAUCCUGAAACCAAAAGGAGUAGCCAUCGCAUUGGUGGCCCAGUUUGGAGUAAUGCCCCUCACUGCCUUCUCAUUGGCUAAGGUGUUACAGCUGGGGCCGGUAGAGGCUGUAGUGGUGCUGAUCUGUGGAUGCUGUCCAGGGGGAAGCCUCUCCAAUAUAUUGGCCCUGUCUCUGAAGGGAGACAUGAACCUAAGUAUUGUGAUGACUACCUGCUCUACAGUUCUAGCCCUGGGUAUGAUGCCACUGCUCCUCUACCUGUACUGCCAGGGCUUCUCCAACCUGGAGAGUGCUAUCCCCUACGCUAGCAUCACUCUGACCCUGGUCAUGACUCUGUUCCCCUGCGGCAUCGGCAUCCUCAUCAAUUACUACAGGCCACAGUACUCCAAGACUAUUACUAAGGUUGGCCUGUCCCUCCUGUUGGUGGCCACGGUGGUGAUUGCCCUGUUGGUCAGCAUGACCAUAGGAGGGAUGGAUUUGAUGAUGACCGUCCUGUCCCCUCCACUCAUAGCCACCGCUGCCCUCAUGCCCCUCAUUGGCUACACCUUCGGAUACGUCCUGUCAUACCUCUUCAAACUCAACGGAUCGGGGCGGAGGACCAUUUCCAUGGAGACAGGCUGUCAGAACAUCCAGCUGUGUUCCACCAUUUUGAAGGUGGCAUUCCCUCCCGAUGUGAUUGGUCCCCUCUACCUAUUCCCAAUGGUCUACAUAGUGUUUCAGGUGGGAGAGGCCUUACUGCUCAUUGUCCUGUUCAGGGUCCACGAGAGGUUCUUCAAAACACCGAAGACAGAGAAGCAGGUGUACGAGGCAGUGGAUGGAAAUCAGAUUGACAUCAACUCAGUCUGAAAUGGUGAUGUCUACCAAGGAUUCAGGCUCCCAAAACCUGAUGAUCUACCAGAUUACAAUGAGGAUUUAACACCCAUUAACUGCACAUACAAUGACUCAUGGCAGCAGGCGUUUUGAAGGUGGAGUGAUUGUGCCUAAUUGACUACAAUGUA